GGGGCCGGAAGGAGCGCUUCGGCGCCCUCAGUGGUAGCGGCGCAGCUGCGAGCGUCGGUGGAAGGAACCGAACGCUCAGCGCGGAAGCUUCCUUGUGAGCCGGUCAGUUGCGGGAUCUUUUGAACAAAUGGUCACCAUGUUGAGAUAUUAGCUGUCACUUGUGAGUAUGCCCACGUUUGAAAAUGGCAGAGGGAAACAACAAUGAAGAGGUAAUUCACUUGAAUAGUUUUCACUGCCAAAGGGGACAAGACUGGAUCAGUCCUAGAGAUGGGCCCAUCACCAUAUCUGACUCCUCUGAUGAGGAAGGGAUCCCAAUGCUGAUCACCCCAGCUCCUGAGCAGCAUGAAGAGGACCUGGACGAUGAUGUCAUCCUGACAGAAACAAAUAGACCUCAGACUUCACGACCCAAUCUCAUCAAACCAGCUGCCCAAUGGCAAGAUCUGAAAAGAUUGGGAGAAGAAAGACCUAAGAGGUCUAGAGCAGCAUUUGAAUCAAAUCAGAGCAGCUAUUUUUCAGUGUGUAACAACCCAUUAUUUGAUUCUGGGGCACAGGAUGAUUCUGAGGAUGACUACGGUGACUUUCUGAAUCUUGGGCCUCCUGGAGUCUCUGAGUUCACUAAACCAAAAGGUCAAACAAAAACAGAACCCAAACCUGGACCAAGUCAUAACCAAGCAGUAAAUGACAUUGUCAAUUCCAGAUCAGACCAGAAAAUCAUUAUCUUUGGAGAAAGUGACCUUCUUUUCCCAGAAAGUGAUCGUUUGGAUACUGAGAACCAGUCAUCUGAAGACUCAGAGCAAGAGCUUUUUUCAGAUCUGGGAAAAUCAACUUCCCUGGGAGGUGAUCAGGACAUCGAAGAAGACUGCUGGCUCAAUCAUCCCUACUUACAGUCUCUAAACCAACAGCCACGUGAUGUAGCAAACCGAGUUGUUCUCCAGGAGCGGCAGUCUGGAGGAGAACUGGGCCCCUUUCUGUUUCAGCGGGAACUCCCAGGGCCCACUUUUCCAAGGCCAGAGGCCCAGCAAGAUGGGAUUUUAAGCUCUGUUGCUCGUCAGCCUGCCCACCUAAGAGAGCUUGAAGACCAACAGUUAGCAAUCGAUGACGAAGAGCCAGGGCCAGCCUUUCCCCUGCAAGGGUCUCAGGAGGCCAGUUUGGAAAACCUCUGGAGGCAAGACCCUCCUGAGGCAGAUCAAGAACUCAUUGCACUAUUAGUGAAAGAAACAGAAGUAAGAUUUCCAGAUGUAGCAAAUGGGUAUGUUGAAGAAAUAAUUCAUUUGAAGAAUUAUUAUGAUUUGAAUGUACUUUGUAAUUUUCUUCUGGAAAAUCCAGAUUACCCAAAGAGAGAAGACAGGAUUAUUAUCGAUCCCAGCAGCAGUCUGCUCGCCAGCCAGGAUGAUACAAAGUUGCCUAAAAUAGACUAUUUUGACUAUUCCAAACUCAGUCCACUUGACCAGCGCUGCGUCAUCCAAGCUGCUGACCUCCUGAUGGCUGACUUCAAAAUGCUCAGCAGUCAGGACAUCAAAUGGGCCCUGCAUGAGCUCAAAGGACACUAUGCAAUCACCCGAAAGGCCUUUUCUGAUGCCAUUAAAAAAUGGCAGGAGCUAUCACCAGAAGCCAGUGGAAAAAGAAAAAAAAGAAAAGAAAUGAAUCAAUAUUCUUACAUAGACUUCAAAUUCGAACAAGGUGAUAUCAAAAUAGAAAAAAGGAUGUUCUUUCUGGAAAAUAAACGGCGACAUUGUAGGUCCUAUGACCGGUGUGCCCUCCUUCCAGCUGUGCAGCAAGAGCAGGAAUUCUAUGAGCAGAAAAUCAAAGAGAUGGCCGAGCAUGAAGACUUUCUGCUUGCCCUGCAGAUGAAUGAAGAACAAUAUCAAAAGGAUGGCCAGCUGAUUGAGUGCCGCUGCUGCUAUGGGGAAUUUCCAUUUGAGGAGCUGACCCAGUGUGCCGAUGCUCACUUGUUCUGCAAAGAGUGUCUUAUCAGAUAUGCCCAGGAGGCAGUCUAUGGAUCUGGAAAGUCAGAGCUCAGCUGCAUGGAAGGCAGCUGCACAUGUUCCUUCCCAACCAGUGAGCUGGAGAAGGUACUUCCGCAGACCAUCCUGUGUAAAUACUAUGAACGAAAAGCUGAAGAGGAAGUUGCUGCAGCCUAUGCUGAUGAGCUUGUCAGGUGCCCCUCCUGCAGCUUUCCUGCUCUGUUGGACAGUGAUGUGAAGAGGUUCAGCUGUCCUAACCCUCGUUGCCGGAAGGAGACCUGUAGGAAGUGUCAGGGACUCUGGAAAGAACAUAAUGGCCUUACCUGUGAAGAGUUGGCUGAAAAGGAUGACAUCAAGUACCGAACUUCUAUUGAAGAAAAAAUGACUGCUGCCCGCAUUAGGAAAUGCCACAAAUGUGGGACUGGCCUUAUCAAAUCUGAAGGCUGCAAUCGUAUGUCCUGCCGCUGCGGUGCUCAGAUGUGCUACCUCUGCAGAGUGUCUAUAAAUGGGUACGACCAUUUCUGUCAGCAUCCCCGCUCACCAGGAGCCCCUUGUCAGGAGUGUUCACGAUGUUCCCUCUGGACCGACCCGACUGAAGAUGACGAGAAGCUAAUUGAGGAAAUCCAGAAGGAGGCCGAGGAGGAGCAGAAGAGGAAGAAUGGAGAAAACACAUUCAAGCGCAUCGGGCCCCCACUGGAGAAGGCCCCUGAGAAGGUGCAGAGGAUGGAAGGUCUGCCUCGGCCUGUCCCACAGAACCUGCCCCCGCCACAGAUGCCGCCCUACGCCUUCGUGCACCCGCCCUUCCCCCUGCCACCUGUUCGGCCUGUGUUCAACAACUUUCAGCUCAACAUGGGCCCUGUGCCUGCGCCAUACGUGCCCCCCCUCCCCAACAUGCGCAUCAACUACAACUUCGGGGCCAUGCAUAUGCCACUGGAGCACAACCUGCCCAUGCACUUUGGCCCCCAGCCACGGCACCGCUUCUGACAGCCAGAGCCCUGGGGGUAAAAGGGCAGAGGACUCCACCUGUGCCAGCUUUGCCCUGACCUCGGCAGCACAGAUGGCAGCUUAGUUGGGGUGGGGUGGUUCUGCUGUGUCCCAGAAGGGGCCACUGCUCCUUUGAGGUGGGGGGGGCGGAGAGAAGGCUCAGUAGAAUAAGCGCUUGCAAGGGCCUGGCACGCGCAAGGGCCUGAGAUCAAUCCCCGGUUCCGCCAAAAAAAAAAAAGAUCCUCUGAGGUUGGUGCCUGUAAGGGGCCAGUCUAGCUCUCGCUGGGCUGACACAAGGGCAGCAACACCCCUUCCUACCUCUGUCCCUUUAGCAACCAACACAGAGGC